AUGGCUGCGAGCUUGAAUCAAUGGUUCACUCGAAUAGGAAAGCUUGGAGUUGGCUUGGUUGCCGCCGGUAGUAUCUUACCUCUUGUUCUUUAUAAUGUUGACGGCGGACAGCGUGCUGUUAUAUUUGACCGCUUUAAAGGCGUUCGUCAAACUGUUGUGGGAGAGGGCACUCACUUUAUUAUUCCUUGGGUACAAAAGCCUAUAAUUUAUGAUAUCCGGUCCAAGCCUCGCAACGUUCCUGUCAUGACUGGAUCAAAGGACCUUCAAACGGUCAACAUCACUCUCCGCAUACUGUACAGGCCGCAGGCUGAUUUAUUGCCUAAAAUUUACUCCAACCUUGGCUUCGAUUAUGAAGAACGUGUUCUUCCUUCAAUUACCACCGAGGUCCUCAAGGCUGUUGUUGCUCAGUUCGACGCCAGUGAACUCAUCACCCAACGUGAACUUGUUAGUCAGCGUGUAAACGAUUCCUUAACGGAGCGCGCUGCUUCUUUCGGCAUUCUUCUCGACGAUAUUGCUCUUACGCAAAUAUCCUUCACGUCCGAGUUUUCGGCAGCUGUUGAGGCAAAACAGGUAGCGCAACAGGAGGCAGAACGUGCACGUUUCCUUGUUGAAAAGGCAGAGCAACAGAAGAUGGCGGCAGUGAUAAGUGCUGAAGGGGAUUCAGAGGCAGCGAAGAUGCUGGCCAAGUCUUUUGGCUCCUCUGGAGAUGGCUUAAUUGAGCUGCGACGCAUUGAGGCGGCCGAGGAUAUUGCUUAUCAAUUGGGCAAAAACCGAAAUGUAUCUUACCUUCCUGACGGUGUUAAUGCACUUCUCAAUCUUCCCAAUAUGGGAUAA